AACAUGGAUGAGGAGGUCGCUGAAAGUUGGGAGGAAGCUGCCGAUAGUGGGGAAAUGGAAAAACGGUUAGAAGAGAAGCUUCGGAUCAGCCAGAAAGAAAAGGAAUCCAAUAACUCUCCCCGAUCUCCAUUAAAGACAACCAUGGUAAUACAGGACAACUCCUUACCAGCAGCACCCCCACCUCAGAUACGCAUCUUAAAGCGGCCGGCCAGUAACGGGUCGUUGGGAUCCCCGCUGAACCAGAACAGGCCCACGCCACAGGUCAAGUCUCUGGCCCAGCGAGAAGCUGAGUAUGCCGAGGCCAGGAAGAGAAUACUGGGCAGCGCCUGCCCAGAGGAGACCCCUCAGGACAAACCCAACGUUGACAGGCCAGCGCGCAAUAACUCUUCGUUGCCUUCGGAGGACACCAGAUCAAACAAUCACUCUGUCCGGCAGCCGGCCGGCCCAGACGGCACCCAGGGGUUCCGACAGCACAGAUAA